UGCCAUGGCUAAAGAUACGUCACUGUUAAACUUUUGUUUACAUCACGUGAUAGUCAUGUGAUCAAUAGUAAAACCUUUCAGCUGAUUGCACCAUACAACAAUUUACGUAGAUUCAGCAGUUUAAAAGAAUAUUCUAUAAUACAUCCUUGAUUACAACAAAUAUGGAUCCUGAAUCGUGUUUAUACCAUAAAGAUAAAGAUGCCUUUAACAGUUUACAGAAGCAGCUUCAGAAAUGUGGUUGGUUACCACGGAAAUGUGUUCAUCGACUUGCCAUGGCUGUGUGUGCUUGCAGGAAACACAAAGGUUCUUUGCCAAGUAGAGAUGAAUUUCUAGAAAAUCGGGACAAGCUGCAAAAGCACCUGGAGGAUGAGAGGGAUUCUCUACCAACACAGUUACUUUCUUGCAUAGAACACUGUCUAAAUACAGCUUCAGAAACAGACUAUAGUUACUCUCAGUUCAUAGCUGUGCUGACAAAAGCAAAACUCGGAGACAAUAGCAUGCUUUCAAGAGCCGUUUUAUCAACAAAUUCAAAGAUUUCCGAGCGUGAUUUACAGAGAGAAAUUAAUCGCAAGAAAAAGUUGACAGCACAUCAAAUAGAGAUUAUUAAGAACAAAAAGAAGAAGAAGAUGAACUCGGGUUUGGUGAAAUUACAAUUGUUUCCAGGCAAUUUCUUGAAACUUAAAUUAGACUUUGUCAAAGAGAUGAAGGGGUUUAUUGAACCCCAGAGUAAAAUGAAUAACGCAAACUUUGAAAAUAAAACACUAGAAACAUGGGUGAAAGUAUGGGGAGACCCAUCAAAUAUAAAAUCACUAGCAGAUAGGCUAAAGGAAGAAGCAAAAGUUGUUCAGGAGAGAAUGGACAAUGAAUGGAAGGUAAUGUAAUUUACUUAGUUUAUG